ACCACUUGCAUUCUUGCUCUUCAGCUCUGAUUUUUGUCUGUAAUUCCUUCCUUUCUUCUUUCAUGGGAUCAACUUCUUCUUUCUUUUUUGGUUCAUCAAUGGUGAUGAUGAUGAUGAUAGGUCCCUAUUACACAAAAGAAGGUUGAUCUUUUAGGGUUAUCGGAGUGGGCUGCAUUAACCUUCCAGUAUCGAUCUACUCCGGCCGGAUUGCAAAUGGGUGAUACGGACAAGUGUAACACUGAUAUGAUCCAGAGACUUCCCCCGUCUUUCGGUACCUCUUCUUCUUCUUCUUCUUCUUCUUCUUCUUCCUUUCCCAAGAAUCCCAUUCAGCAGCUCGAUUUAAACCCUAAUUUGAUGCGCUCUACUCCCCAAUUCCCCCAAUUCUCCAAGCCUUUCAGUGACACUGGGAAACGAAUCGGUGUGCCUCCCUCUCACCCCAAUUUAAUCCCACCGACUUCUCCUUAUUCUCAGAUCCCGACCUCCCGCCAACCCAAUUAUAACCCGGGAGGAGGUCAUUCACGCUCAAUGUCUCAGCCCAACUCUUUCUUCUCCUUCGACUCUCUUCCUCCGUUAAGCCCUUCUCCCUUCCGCGAUUCUCUCUCCCCGCAACCAGAUCACGACGUCUCCAUGGACGAUCCUGACUCCGGCGCCUUUACCAGCAACGCCUCGUUGCCUCCAUCGCCCUUCACCAGGUGCAACUCCACCUCUUCUAGCUCCUUGAGGCUCCCCGACAGCCUUCCUCCCAGAAAGUCUCAUCGACGCUCCAACAGUGAUAUUCCCACUGGCUUUAGUUCCAUCAUUCUCCACAAUUCGCUCCCUUUCAGACCAUUGGACAGGUCUGUCUCUGGUGGGGAAUCUGCUGACUGGUCAAAGUCCUCUCCUUUUGUCAAGAAGGAAUCCACCUGCGAAAGGGAAGGUGUCGGGGAGAGAGAAGCCAUGGAUGAUCUCUUCUCUGCAUAUAUGAAUCUUGAAAACAUUGACGUUUUGAACUCCUCCGAAGCUGACGAUAGCAGGAACGGUAAUGAGAAUCGUGAUGAUAUGGACAGCAGCAGAGCUAGCGGGACCAAGACCAAUGGUAGUGAUACGGAAGGGGAGAGCAGUAGUGUAAAUGAGACUGCCAAUAAUAACAAUACUUUGAUUUCUUCCGGCGAAAAGAGAGAGAGCGUCAAGAGAAGAGCGGCCGGAGGUGAUAUUGCUCCCACCAGCAGACAUUACAGGAGUGUUUCAGUGGACAGCUGUUUCAUGGAGAAGUUGUCUUUUGGUGACGAAUCGCUUAAACCGCCUCCUUCUCCCGGGACUAUGUCACGGAAAGUUUCCCCGACCAAUUCAGUUGAUGGGAAUUCGGGUGCUGCUUUUAGCAUUGAGUUUAAAAACGGUGAAUUUACUGCAGCCGAAAUGAAGAAGAUCAUGGCUAAUGAUAAACUAGCAGAGAUGGCCAUGUCUGACCCUAAGCGUGUCAAAAGAAUCUUGGCAAACCGUCAAUCAGCAGCACGGUCAAAGGAGAGGAAGAUGCGGUAUAUAGUCGAAUUGGAACACAAAGUGCAGACUCUCCAGACCGAGGCCACUACAUUGUCUGCUCAGCUCACGCUUUUACAGAGAGAUAUGAUUGGGCAGACAAAUCAGAACAAUGAGCUGAAAUUCCGUCUUCAAGCAAUGGAGCAACAAGCGCGUCUUCGCGAUGCUCUGAACGAAGCACUGAGUGGGGAAGUCCAGCGACUGAAACUGGCAAUCGGUGAGACCAGCCACAACGAAACUGACAGAUCAAAGAUGCAAUCACUCAACGCUGAGAUGUUCCAGCAACUCAAUAUCAGUCAGUCAAGACAACAGUCUCAGCAGAACCAGAAUGGAACCAUGGCAUUGGCAACAAAACCUGAAUCAAAUGAUUAGAGCAGAGAAGCUGUUGCGGUGGUGGCUGGAUCAAAGGGUUGGAGUUUUAGUUUUAAAAGUUACAUAUCAAACAAUACAUUAUAGUUUUUUUUUUCUAAUGUGCAGACUCAGUUGAAUUUACAUAUAUAUCAUAUAAGGCGUAAGUCCAAGAAAUUUAAUUUUAUAUCUUAGGAAGAAAAAUUCAAUUUAUGGGUAGAUAGGUAAUGAAUCUGGACAUAUAUGCUAUACCUGUAAUGGAGGUACAAGAGAUUGAACUUCAGACAAGGAGAUUUCUCUGUUUGUUUUGUUUUUAUUUAAGUUUGGAUUCUUUGUCU